CGGCCACUGAACAGUCUCGAGACGCCCCGCGGUGUGUGCGCUACAGCUCUCUCCGGCGGAAAGCAAUCGAUGGAUUUCCAAAAACUAUGCACUUUUGAAACUUUCCAACGACUCUGGAGUCACUACGGUUAUGGGGAAAACUUCCAAGACGUGACUGAGCAGGAGUUUACACGGAUUAAAGGAAUAACAUAUCUGGAUCAUGCUGCAGCCUCUCUGUACCCCGAGUCUCUGCUCAGGGACUACUUCCAGGACAUUUCAAGGAAUGUGUACGGAAACCCUCACAGCCAUAACCCCAGCAGCAGAUUGACACAUGACACCGUGGAGAGGGUCAGAUACAGGGUAUUGCAGCAUUUUAACACCACCCCUGAGGAGUACUCUGUGAUUUUCACUUCUGGUUGCACAGCCGCUCUCAAAUUAGUGGCUGAGAGCUUUCCCUGGAGGACACAGACUGAGAGUGAAGCGGGGAGUCACUUCUGCUACCUCACUGACAACCAUACCUCUGUAGUUGGCAUAAGAGGACUGACUUCUGGCCGGGGGGUAGUCUCCCUGCCUGUCUUGCCGCAGGAAGUGGAAAACAGGGCACAGGGUGAGGCUCAAGGUGAAGAUGUUAUUUGCCAGACGCCUCAUCUCUUCUGCUACCCAGCACAGAGCAACUUUUCUGGAAGGAAGUAUCCCCUUAGCCAUGUGAAAGGCAUCCAGGCGAGACGCCUUUACCCAGCGUGUGACCACCAUGGCCGCUGGUUUGUGCUGCUCGAUGCAGCCUCUCAUGUCGGCUGUUCCCCUCUAAACCUACAGAACUGCCCUGCUGAUUUCAUUCCCAUCUCUUUCUACAAGAUGUUUGGCUUCCCUACAGGUCUAGGGGCCCUUCUUGUCCGCAACGACGCAGCAGGCAUACUAAAAAAGACUUAUUUUGGAGGAGGCACAGCGGCAGCUUACCUUUCUGGGGAAGAUUAUUAUGUGUAUGCGGCAAACAUUUCUGACAGAUUUGAAGAUGGGACCAUCUCUUUCUUGGACAUCAUUGCUGUAAAUCACGGUUUUGAAUCUCUUUACAGGAUCACAGGGGGCAUGCACAACAUUGAACAGCACACAUUUGGCUUGGCACGCCACACUUACAUGCUGCUGUCAAGUCUUUGCCAUGGCAACGGGCGACCGGUGGCUCAGAUAUAUGCUGAAGGCCGGUUUGAGAGUCCAAGCACACAGGGCGCAAUUGUAAACUUCAACCUCGUGGAUUCUCAUGGACGGAUAAUUGGAUAUUCUCAGGUGGACAGAAUGGCCAGUCUGUAUAAUAUUCAUUUACGCACAGGUUGCUUUUGUAACACCGGCGCCUGUCAGUCCUUCCUUGGGAUCACCAAUCAACAGAUGAGGAGAAACCUGCAGGCUGGCCAUGUCUGUGGAGACAACAUCGACCUGGUGGACUGCCAGCCGACCGGAUCUGUUCGGGUGUCCUUUGGCUACAUGUCAACAUUUGAAGACUGUCAAAAGUUCCUAAACUUUGUUGCUGAGUGCUUCAUAGAGAAACCAGUCACAGUGGACCAAGUGAAGCUAAAAACAGCCACAGGAGCAUCCCAAGGCUUAAAUGAACAUCCUCCUAUCAAAAUCACUAAUGGUGAUGUAUGUGAAGUAGAUGAGAAGCCUGCAGAAGCAUUACUGAGAGGAUUUGGACACAGAGAGCCAAACAGCCACGGGGAGGCUUAUACUCUGACCAACAUCUACAUAUAUCCCAUCAAAUCGUGUGGAGCACAUGAGGUCCACGACUGGCCAGUGGGACCGCGCGGUUUACUGUAUGACAGAGGCUGGAUGGUGGUGAAUGGAAACGGCGUGUGCUUGAGUCAGAAGAGAGCUCCCUGUUUAUGUCUCAUUCACCCACAAGUCCACCUGCCCUCAAACAAAUUGCUCCUGCAGGCAUCAGGAAUGGAUACCAUUUCAGUUCCCCUGGAAAACAACACUCAAAUGCACACUCGCUCUCAAGUGUGUCAGAGUAAAGUUUGUGGUGACAGGGUGGAGACUGUCGACUGUGGUGAUGAGGCUGCAUCAUGGCUUUCAGACUUCCUUGGACAGCCAUGUCGCCUGAUAAGACAAAGUCCUGAUUUUACCCGAGACAUGAAGAAGAAGCCUGGUGGAGCUGCCACCUCCUCUUCCCUCUCGUUGGUGAAUGAAGCUCAGUAUCUCAUGAUCAACCGUGCCAGUGUGGAGUUCAUUCACAAACUAAUGAGCAGCAGGAAGGACGAUUCUGCGGGUGAUCAUCUCCUUGACACACAGAAUGUCAUUAGCCGCUUCCGAGCCAAUUUAGUCAUCGCUGGAGUAGAACCAUUCAAGGAAGAUAAUUGGUCACACUUGAUUAUUGGCAACACUCGAUUCAUGGUCACGGGUCAGUGUGGAAGGUGCCAGAUGAUCGGAGUGGACCAGGACACUGGGGCCAAAACAAAAGAGCCGCUAAUGUCUCUGUCAGCCUAUCGUGCUGGGAAGGUGACUUUUGGUGUUUACCUGACCCAUGAACUACCAGAGGGUCCCACUACAGCAAGUGUCCUCUCUAGUGGUUCUCUCAUACAGCCAGAGCCACACAGAUCUUAAAGUAGUCAUCCUCUUUAUUUAUUUAGGUGACACAUUUAUUGUUCUAAGCGGGCAUUGCUGCACUGCACACACUAAGGAUCACCUGUCAGACUCUGUGGGGAGCUGCUCUAUUCCCUGUGUGUUCCGAUGGCUUUUGUCCUCUCAAAUGUCCUUUUCAUACCAGAGCAUUCAGAUUUUAUUCUAUGCAAGUCUGUUUUGAUGGGAAAUGAAUAAGAUAUUUGGAUUUUUUUCCCCAGUGGUUUUGUUCGUAGAAUGUGUGCAAUAAAUGUAGAUGUGAAGUAUCUGACAAAAUUAAAAUUUUAAUGUAUUUAUUUGAGCCAAAACAUGUCAGGUUUGAUGCAAUAAUCACCUCUCAUGUUAACCUCCCAGACAGUUCCUCCACUGUUUAUUCCCAUGGAGGAUUAUAUUUCUAUUUAUUCCAGACACAUCACCACUGUUACUGCUGCCACAAAUCUAAAACAUAUUGCUCCCUGUAAUGGAAAAAUCUACCAGACAACUUAAUGUUCGCUAUAUGCUCCCAGUGUGCUGCAGACUUGGACAGCAGAUUUCAUGCCAGAAAAAAAAGUUAUUAUUUGAUGUGAAGUUGAUAGAAAAUGUGUCUUUCAUAGAAGAUGUAUAAGCAAAGUGACAUAUGUAAGGGGUUUGAUAGAAACUGAAAGCAUAAAUGCAUGCACAGAUUGCAUAAUUCAAACUGAAGCUGAAUAUAUAGAUGGGUGAUAUAUUAAGGGCCUGCAUAGUGUCCUAGAAAAAGGUGUGAGCCUCCAGAGCAGCAUCAGUGCUCCUUGGCAUUGAUCCCUCAAGUCGCUCGAACUCUGGAACCGGAUGAUUCACAUCAUUUUUAUCCUCAUUAAACCCUUCAUUGAGCCGUUUACUCCGGUUUUUCACCCACCCAUCUUCAUUAAUAAGUCACCCAUGUCUACUUCUUGCUGAUGUACGCACACCCUUUAAAAAAAAAAAAAAAAGAUCCAAUCAUUGGUUGCGUCUUUAAACAAUGUAUUGUUUUGAACAAUUCAAGACUCUCUGUCCUUGAAAGUCAGUGGAAAGAAGCCUAUGGGAAGGGCUUGGCCAAGUCCAAUUUGUAUAUAUCUUCAUGAGAACACAGCCACUAGGUAUGAUAAAUAAUUCAUUUGUAAUAUAGUUGGCUCCUGAAGAUGCAGAGGGUAAAACGGUACCAUAAUUAUGGUAUAUGCUGUUUAUUUCCCUGUGUAAUUUUCUAAUGACAUUUCUAUAAUUAAACACCAGUUUUAAUUGCAGUGUAGCCUGUUUUUGUGUGUCAUAACUCUUGAGCGCAGAUAAUGUGCACAUAAAAGACUGCAAUAUACUGUGUGCUCGAUUUAAGGUGGCGUCAUGUGUAACAUGCAUUGUGCUUUGUAAUAAACUAUACAGUUAGUGAA